AAAAAAAAAAAUUGAGGGAAAUCGAAAUAGAAAGACAUACCCGUACCGUACUGCUUUUCUGCUUUUCACUUCUGGUUCCUUCUUCUGCAAGCCGAAUGCAUUUUGGAGGUUGUUUUGAAUUCUCGUUGACGCAGAACUGGUUGUUUCUGUGUUUUUUUUUUUUUUUCCCUUCAUCUCCCCCAAAUCUCUUCCUCUACCUGUUGGCCGGUUUGCUCUACACCGACCAAGUCCUCUGCACACGACAUUAUCCUCUGCUUCAUACGGUCUCAGAUAAAGUCAUUAACAGAUAUAACCGGACGUUGGACCCGACUUCAUGAACGAAUGGUUCUGAGAUGGAGAAAGGGAAAGGGAAAGAGCAUGCAUCUCCUAUAACGCCUCUUGCCACUAAUCCAUCAAUUAAUCCAUCAACUCAGGUGAUACCGAGACCAUUUUUUACAUAUUUGUCAACACCUCCUACCACAAAUGCAUCUAUCAAUCCAACAACCCAGGUCAUACCAAUAUCAGUUUAUCCAGAUUUCUCAAGUUAUAUGCAUGGGGGCCAUGCACCAAUGCCACAUGCUCUGUUACCACCUUUCUUACCUUGUCCUAAUGCCAACCCAUCGUCAUGGACUUGUCAGGAAAACCUUAUGCCAGAAUUUCAGUCAUCAGCUCCCCCCUCUUUGAUUGGUACUCCAUCUGCAAGCUCCAGCCGUGUUGAAGAAAUUCAAGAGCCCACACCUGACUCGAGGGAGGUUGAAAUAUUCUCUACAUCCUCUGAAUCCGAAGAUAACAAUGAGGCCGAGAGGGAAAAUACAGUGCAUAAUGAGGGGGCCGAUAUCAUUGAGGAGCCGAAAGUGGGGAUGGUCUUCAAAUCUCAAGACGAGUUAGUGGCAUAUUAUAAAGGUUAUGGGAAACAAUGCGGUUUUGGGAUAAUGACUCAAAGGAGUCAUAGGUUUGAGGAUGGGAGCCUCAGAUAUAUCACGCUUUGUUGUUCUCGUGGUGGGAAGGCACGGAACCGUACGACAAAUGUUGCGAGGCCGCGUCCGACGUCAAAGACUGACUGUAAGGCAAAGAUAAAUGCUACGUUCAUGGAUGGAGUUUUCAAGUUGUUGAGUGUUCACAAUUCCCACAAUCACAGCGUAAGUCCACAGAAGUCCAGAUUCUUUCGCUGUAAUAGAGAAGUGAGCGAGUCUGUUAAGAGAGUAUUAGAUACAAAUGAUCAAGCUGGCAUUAGACUAAACAAGAGUUUUGCAGCACUUGUGCAAGAAGCGGGUGGGUUUGAGAACUUGCCUUUCAGUGAGAAAGAUUGCAGAAAUUAUAUUGAUAAGGCACGCCACCUUCGACUUGGGAAAGGUGGCGCUGAAGCCCUUCGUCAGUAUUUUGCUAGGAUGCAGUACAAAAAUGAUGGAUUCUUUUCAGACAUCGACCACGAUGAUGAUGGAAGGUUGAAGAAUGUCUUCUGGGCAGAUGCACGGAGCAGGGCAGCCUAUAAAUAUUGGGGUGAUGUUGUGACAUUUGACACCACAUACCUGACAAAUAGGUAUGGAAUGCCGUUUGCACCGUUUGUUGGUGUAAACCACCAUGGUCAGUCAAUCCUUCUGGGGGCAGGAUUGAUUUCUAACGAGGAUACGGAAACAUUUGCAUGGCUGUUUCAGACUUGGCUAAACUGUAUGGAUGGGGAAGCGCCAAAGGCCAUUAUCACAGAUCAAGAUAGAGCUAUGAAGAAUGCAAUUGCUCUUGUCUUCCCCAAUACAAGACACAUAUAUUGUUUGUGGCAUAUUCUUAAAAAAGUACCUGAGAAACUUGGUUCCCAUCAUGCAUACAAAACUGGGUUGAAAACUAGUUUGAUGAAGUGUGUGUAUGACUCUCAAACCAUUGUGGAAUUUGAAAAUAGUUGGAAUGUGUUAAUUACCACUUACAAUUUGCAAGAAAAUGCUUGGUUGCAUAGUUUAUAUGAUGAGCGUGAGUUCUGGGUACCAGUAUUCUUGAAAGAAAUCUUUUGGGCUGGGAUGAGUACAACACAACGAAGCGAGAGCAUGAAUGCUUUCUUUGAUGGCUACGUACACUCAAGGACAAACUUAAAAGAGUUUGUCGAUCAAUUUGAUAAUGCAUUGAGAAAGAAGAUUGAAAAUGAAAAUGGGGCGGACUUCCAUUCAUUCCACGUCACAAUUCCCGUCGUCUCGAUCUCUCCUCUUGAAAAGAUAUUUCAGAACAUAUACACAAAUGCUAAAUUUAGAGAAGUUCAAAAAGAGAUAAUCGGGAUGGUUGGUGUUCUUCCAAGUCUACAUCGAAAAGAUGGUGUAAUCGCAACGUAUCAUGUAGAAGAUGAAGUUGCUGUUGAUGAUUUCAUCAAAGAGGUGACCCAAACAGUGUACUUCAAUGAGGCUGAAUGUGAUGUAAAGUGUUCAUGCGCACUGUUUGAAAUGAGAGGCAUAUUGUGUCGACAUGUAUUGGCUAUUAUGAGAGUUAACAAAGUGAAAAGAGUGUCAGAAAAAUACAUAUUAGAUCGAUGGAGAAAGGACAUUAAACGGACAUACACUCUUAUUCGAAGUUCUUAUGACUCAGUUGAUGCGAGGCCAGAAGUGAGUAGAUAUUCACGAAUCAUGAAGGUAUGCUACAAGGUUGCCACAAAUGCAGCGUCAUCUGAUAAGAAUGCCGAGGAUAUGAUACAUAAGUUACAUGAAAUGAACCUCGGCUACCUCACCAACAAGUUGCCCCUUCAAACUUCUUCCAACGUUGCAGUUACACCUGUCAAUACCACCAUAGAGGGGAGUUCAAAAAAAGUACUGAGUCCCCGUCAAGUGAGAGGGAAAGGCAGACCACCAUUUCUCAGGAAGAAAUCAAUGAUUGAGCGGGUCAGACCGACAACGAAGAAGGCUACUCAACAGAGAAAACGUAAACAGCCUCAUGGAGCAGAAACAUGCAGAAAUUUAUUUGGACAUGUAGAUAUUGGGACUGAAGAGACAAUUCACAUUCAGCAACCACAAAAUACUACAGAGGUGUUGGAAUAUGGUGGAACCCAGUUUGGUUUUGCAAUGAGUGAUACUCAAGAAAGUGUACAUAUUGGAGUAGAUAUUCACCAAUUGGAACCGUUGUCUGGGACACAGACAUGGUUAUAAAGACUACUAUAUUUGGAGAAAAGUGGGCGGAGAUAUUUUGUAAAACUGUUGGUUUUUUUUGUGGGUCUGUUUCAGUAUUUGGCUAUGGCGUGGAAGGGGAGUUGGUCUCAUAAAUAUUCUGCAUGUAUCAACUUCCCCAUGUUUAUUUGGUCAACCAAGAAGAUUGCUUUGAAAAUCCAAUUGAUGAAGAUGCAUCGGGCCUUGCUGUUGAUGUUUUUGUGUAUAGACGUCUACUUGUUUUUGUGUAUAGACGUGUUGAUGUUUUUGUGUAUAGACGUACAUAGCUUGGUUGCAGUUUUUGGUCAACAUGAAUGUAUGUAGUAAAGGUUUCUAGGAUUGGAUGUUAGGUUUGGAGACUGCCAUGAGUAUAUAUUUACAUGUAUAUAAUGGUUGAUACAUACGGGAGAUACAAUUUUUUGAGCUAAAGAAUAUAUGAAGUUUGAUACAAAAA